AUGUCUAAUUCUAAUACUACAGUGGUACUGCAAAAUAACUGUACGGCUAAACAAAAAUCCCCAACUUCAUUAGCAGAGAUUGCCGCAAUUUCUGUACUGCUUCUCCGAAAUUUCGGAAUCUCAACCGGCGAUGAGUGUGAAGUACCGAAAAGCCUCGACUACGUCACAUGGUAUUCCACUUCCUACAAUUGUCCGUCGCCUUCACAUAGCAAAGCAAACUGCCCCUUCAGAACAGAAAAGCAACGUGGUGGACGAGCACAGCAAAUCUACACAUCAUCACAGAAGAGGCUACAAGUCAUUAAUGAACUUACCUCUUCAACAAAUUUCGAAGCUCAAAUGAAGACCAAAAAACUGCAUCCGAGCAAGACAUAA